AUGUCGGAAUUUGCACAAGAAGCACCACUAUGGUCACGACAGCCUUACAAGAUCUUUUAUUUCAUCUAUUUUGGUCUGUCCGUCGGUUUCAUCUUCCUGCCUUGGUUCGCAAUCGUGUCUAUAUUUCCCUCCAAGCGAGAAAGGCCUUCAUGGACUUGGAAGAAAAGUACACUGGUCAAGCUCUACAGACAUGGAACAAGACUCACCUUUCGAACGCAUACGUCACUCAGUCGUGAUCUCACAAAAGAGGUACCGCAUAGCAAAACAGUCCGUGCUAAAUUUGUUUGGGUUGAAGGAUUGUCGGAAGACUUUGUUCGUGGUGAAUUGAAGCGGAUGUUAGAAAUUCAAGGACUAAGCACUGUUCGUACAUGUGGUUUCUGGUACGGAGAAAGGGAUGGUGGAGGUGGUGUUGGACAAAAGGCUUCACCGAACGAAAAGGUCAUUUACCAUUUACACGGCGGUGCGUAUUGGAUUGGGACUGCCCAUGAAGAUGACGUCACAUCUGCUGUGAAUAAAGAAUUACAAACAACAAAUGCAGGAAGUGGGGGAGUGUGCAAGCGUGCCUUUUCUCUCGAUUAUCGAUUAUGCGUUCCUGGAAGACCGGAAGUAGGUUCAUUCCCAGCUCCAUUGGCAGAUGCUGUUGCAGGCUAUCGAUAUUUGGUGAACGAAUGCAAUUUUGAGCCAAAGAAUAUCAUCGUUGCCGGUGAUAGUGCAGGUGGUAACUUAGCUUUGGCUCUUUGUCGUUAUCUGCGCGAUGAAAAGCUGGACGGAUUAAAAGUGCCAGGUGCUAUGCUUCUUCUUUCACCUUGGGCAGAUACUUCUCGUUCCCAUUCCGGUCCGAUCGCUCGUCCCAAUAAGCUUGAUACGGUUUGGCGUAAUCGAAAGAGCGAUAUCAUAGCAAAUUCGGCAGCUUUUCGUAAUACUGCCGUUUCCGCUUUGUUGGGUAAAAUGGCUGCUCGUGAGACGUACCGCAAUCCGUAUUUGAGCUCGAUCUCCUUACAAUUGGAUGCCAAAAAUGGCGGAGCUGGCCCUUCGUAUGGUUUCGAAGGCUUCCCCAAAAGGACUUAUAUUUGUACAGGUACGGCAGAGAUCAGUCAUGAUCAACAUUUAACCUUGGCAUAUCGAAUGGCAGCCGGAACAGCACUUCGAGUACCGAUGCAUGAAGGAGACAAAUGUAGCGAGGAUGCAGAUCCAUACGAAAUGGCUGCUCGUUUGCAAUAUCCAAGACCUGAGAAUCAUGAAGUAACAAUUUGGCCAAGCGCUCAGAAUACGCCAAUCACAACACCUAUAUCAGACGAUUCACGAGAAGAUCGUUCAGUCGUUCUAGAUGAGUGCAUUGAUGGGAUACACGACUACACAUUAUUUGAUUGGUUCGAACCUGAACGCAGUCAAACGUGGGGACGAAUUGCCAGAUGGAUUGAUGAAGAUAUUUAG